AUGCGUAAUCUCUCCGACGCCGCGCAAGUCCGAAACCUACUCGUUCAACAGUUUGGAGAAAAGUGGCGCGGCGCGUACGCCGCCUAUCAACAAGUCAUGGCAAGCGCCCCGUAUCAAGCCCUACUAAUCAACAACGAUCCGCUGAGUGAGCCGCGUAUGCGGAUCCUCUCCAACUUUUUGUCUCCCUACCCGAUCGCAUACGUGCCAGUCUAG